UUAUUUAUUUUAUUUGUCCAAAUGAACGAAAAUAUAAUUUAAACAUCACCAAUUAUAGAUUUAUAAAACAAUUGAAUUACAAUUAAGACAUUCAUAAUUUUAACCCUAUCUAUAAUCGUCUCUCGCUUCAGUCCUGCGACUCGAGCUCUUACAAUAGUCGCUGUUUCUCAUAACUACGGUGCCGAUCCAUCAACAUUUUGAUCUAUCUUCCAUUACUCUGCUUGACGGCAUUUCUGGCUUGAUUCCGUUUGUAUUCAUUAAUGGUUUCGUCCGUAGUCGCAAGUGUGAGUGCAACAUAGAAUCUCAACAUUUCUAACUCAGCCUUGAUUUUCCAGUGAAUACCUUCCUUUUACUCACGCACGGGAAGAGAUGGGUUAGUGUAAAUAUUAAGCCUAUUCUUAAAUUUUUUGAAAAUUUGGAAAUGUAAAAACAAACAUAUUUUUUUAUUUUUUGUUGUAAUUAAAAUUACUAUUGCCCUAUUUUACAAUACCUUCUUAUCUACACGCUAUUUAAAAUACGUUCCUUUUGAUGUACCGUUAACAAACUUUAUCGGAACUAAGAUCUUAAUAUCAUAUUUAUCUAACUUAGUGACAUCGAUCACGAUCGCUUUAUAAAGGCAUUUUAAAUCGAAAAUUGCACAAACACAUUUCGUGAAGACGCGAAAAAUGUUGAAACUGAUUACUUUGUUGGCCUUUGCAUUUGCCGCUUGCAACGGAGAUGCCAUUCAAAACUUGGAGCGAUUUGGAAGUUUAAAUAAAUAUUAUUACUAUAGCAAUGCACAGAGAAACCCAAUUACACUCACCGAAGACCACUUUCCCACUGGAAACGAUCCUGCUGCGCCCUUUAACAAUAAUUGGGAUAUUGUCGUAAUAAUACACGGUCACAGUGGCACUGCUACGACGACGAUCAACCCUAUUGUUAAAGACGCGUUUUUAAGAAGUGGCAAUUAUAACGUUAUCGUUGUGGAUUGGUCAUCAUUCAGUCUAUCAACAUAUUCAACGGCAGUGAUGGCUGUGACAGGUGUGGGAUCAAGUAUCGCUACUUUUUUGAAAAAUCUCAAAUUACCACUUAAUAAGGUGCACAUUGUUGGUUUCAAUCUUGGAGCUCAUGUUGCUGGAGUGACUGGAAGAAAUUUGGAAGGCAAAGUAGCAAGAAUUACGGGUCUAGACCCUUCGGCUCGUGAUUGGGAAAACAACGUACUACGACUGGGAACAAACGAUGCUCAAUACGUUGAAGUUAUUCACACCGACGGAUCUGGUGUCAACAAAAACGGCUUGGGCAUUGCUAUUGGACACAUUGACUUCUUUGUCAACGGCCGUCUUGUCCAACCGGGCUGCACGAAUAACUUAUGUAGCCACAAUCGCGCUUAUGAAGUUUUUGCUGCAACAAUCACGCAUGGCAAACAUUACGGAAAUCAGUGCAGCACAGAAGCGGAGAUAACCGCAAAUAAUUGCCGAGGAUUUCUAGUUGAAAUGGGUACUGCCAAACUUGUAAAGCAUGGGUCUGGAAUGUUCCGAGUAAAUACCGGCAUGAGGUACCCAUUCCAUUUGUGAUGCCUACAAAACUUAAAACGAAGUUUUCUGUGAUGACCAAUAAAAUUAGUUUCUACAUUAACUAUUAUUUAUUAUUAUUAUUAUUAAAAUAAUAAAAAUAUACAAUGUUGAA